CAUGCUCCUGGUGGAAUCCACUUGAUCUCUAAUGUCAUCCUGAAUUCUCACUUCGUGUUAUAUGUUUCGUGUUCAUUGUGCGAAGCUUGUAAAAUGUAAAUGUGAACAUUGCCAGGAGAGGGCACUGGAGACAUGUAGAGCAAGCGCCUGACAGUCUUGGCAAAGAUAAAUAAUGUCUGUUGAUCUCGCACCUACAGUAGUUGCCAGCUGGGAUAAGCUGGCGGGAGAAUCAUCUGUGUGUGUGUGUGUGUGAUUACUGGUCGCCUCUGUCUACCUGCAGACUAUGUCAUCAGCUUGUUGCCAGCAGGUUUUAAUGUGACUAUUUACACCAAGUAGACACAAGAAUAGACAAGAGUUUGUGGCCCCAAUAGUCUUGAUGUCAACUGUUCUCUGCGGACAUGUUGGACAGCAACUGCACCUGAGUGUUGCUGCCGAUUAUUUGCUAAUCCCACCAGCAGGCCUGAGUGCUGACAGGCAAGAGAAGAAUCAAAAGAGUGAGUCGGCACUUCACAGCCUUCUUAAGCUUUUACAACUGACAGGCUGUUCAGCUGGUUGAUGUUUUAAGCCCAGUCAUCGACCGAGUCUAUAUUCCGGCGACCUCUCCAGCCCUAUCAUCAGUUGCCACAUCCAGAAAGAAAUUACAUCGAUUAUGAGAUCUGAACUCACAGCCCACCGUCGUUGCAAACGUAGCACCAUUGGAUCCUCCUCCCCAUUGGUAGUACCAUGAUGUGGUAAAAUCUGAAGACAGUGGCACUUCCAUUAGGCGGUGAAGACAGGAGUGGUACAAGGACCCAAAAAAAAUGCUAUGAUGUGGUGAAGACAGAGUGGCAAUAACAGCAGGAUUGGUGCCGUGAUGUGAAGAUAGGAUUGAUACCAUGAUUUGAACAAGACAUAAGCUGUACUGUGCGGUGGGGAAGAUGGAUGUAGAUUGAACUGUCUUAUUGAAGAAACCUCACACAGACUUUCAGGCAUUGCAGAACGAUCGCUGGCCGCUUUGGAAGGCUUUGGAGAAGCUAUUUUUCAAAAAAAAAAAAAAAGACAAGGAAGUUUGCUCAAAAUAUUCACAAAGAACCAUGUGUGUUGCACAAAGGAUUAAGCUUGAAGACGCAUGUCAGAGUGUUGUCCUUAUAGAGUCUAUAUAGAGGGGACAUUAACUAUGUUUUAAUAGCGAAGAUGUAAAUUUGUGUUUUCUCCUUAAGGAUUCUAAGAAAAUCCAUCUGGCUGGAGAUGGAUAGGCUUUUCUCAAAGCCCCCUUCUGGAAACAGACGUUCACAAUCCGUCAAUGCCAUAUCCUUGAAUCUUAAAAAGGAUCCACACUACUGUCAUGUACCAGUGAGAUCUAGUACCCCAGCACGAGUGGUGUUUCAGGGAUGUGAGGAAAGUAGUUAUCCAGAGCUAGAUUUUGCAGAGAAACUGAGAGCUCUGCGGGAACUAAUUUCAUCAAGUAAAGCACGACGGGAAUUAAAACAAUCGCCUAGUGACAAAGUGCCUGGUCGAGUCAUUGCCAAACGCUUAUCAUCUCUCAGCUUUCCUGAAGUCCAGGAGGUUGAUAACAAGAUUCGGUUCACAGCAAACAGUUCUACAAGAAGAGAGCUAGCAGACGACAAAGAGAGAAUAAACAUAAAUGUCACUUCUUCUGAUUGUGUUCUGUCCAACAGAUAUGACUAUGAAUGUGAUUCUGUACCAAAUUUGGAGAAGGAAGUGCUUAGCGCAUAUAGAUCAUCACCUGCUGUUGCUGAAAAUGACAGAAAUCUUUCAUUUGUAAAGCACUCCAGCUCAUCAGCAUUUCCUUCCAGGGAAAGCAAGCUAUCUUCACACUCUCCAGUAAUGGAAGUUUUAACCAAUGACUGUGAAAAAAUAAGAGGUUUAAGACAGCAAGCUUCAUCCUCUUUAGGUUUUCAGUAUCCUUAUCAUGAUAUUUUUGAGAUACCAGAAAGGGACUGGAACAAUUUAAAGACGCCACAAGGGUGGGCAGUCACUUCACAGGGACGAAAUUGAAAGGAGCAUUGCAAUUGGUGGAGAUUUACAGUCACCAUUGUCAGGUGUGGAGGAAAACAGAUACGAUAUUUAUGACUUAGACACAACUGGUGCUGUUGACUUUGCUGCGAACAUUAAUGAGACAGAUAUAAAUAUAUUAACAGAGAGAGAGGGUUCUAGACCACAGAAAAAUGACUGUACUUUUGCUGAAUUUAAAAAGAACAAACAAACCAAUCUUCAGAUUUUGGACAAGUCUUGUUUGGCUGCUAAAUGGCAACAAGCACAAGGCCAUUAUCAACAAUCACAUUCCAAAAACAGCAACAUAAAUCUAGGUGAAAUAGAACACUGGACACAAGUUCUUUCUCAGAAGAGGAACAGAGCUGAAAAAACCUGUUUUUCUGCACCAAGCAGUCCAGCCCCAAAGCAAACUAACGUGCCACUUGAUUUGACAUACCUGUCCUUAUUAAGCUCACAUCUCCAGCAGAGGUCACCAACACAAAACACCAUAGAUAGGGAUGGUAGCACCGAGUCAAAAGUUGACUUGUCUCUUCAAAAACAUCAACAGGCAUUGUACAACCCAGGCAAAAAAUCACUUAAAAAAGUAAAACAUUUGAGAGACUGGGCAGGGCUUCAGAACCUAAUCCUGAGGAUAAGCUGCAGGAUGCUGAAGUAGCUGCAAUCACACGGCAGUCACAGGUAAAAAAGAUUAUUGUCAGAAAAGGAGUUUCUGCAAGAGUGCAAAAAGAGUGUAUCAGUCAAGAGAUGAACCAGACUGCUGCUACCGUCCAGCCAACUUCGACCGUGAAUGAGCCCCAGAAGUCCAGACACCUGGCUGAAGAGGCAAACAAGACUGGUGUGACCUUGCAGCCACAACAGCAUGUUCAACAUGGGGAUUGCUCCUCUGAAAAUGUGGAACGUAUUCCGUCAGACAGGUAUCUUAAUCACACAGCUUUUCUUGUUCCCAAAGAUGAACACAUCAUCACCUUGAACAAGCUAAAGGCUCUUCUCAAAAGCAGAAAAUCUGAGCUGAGAUCCGACUCCAGAGGAUCCUCAGCAAGCACAAGCUCACCUUCUCCUCUAAAGGCUUUUCACUCCAAUUGCCAUCACUAUGACAGAUUUCAAGCUUCAUCUGGUGAUCAAGCACAAGUUGAUGGUUUGGGUGAGCAAGAUUUAGUUUCUAGCAGAGACAUGAAAGGGACAAUGGUGCAAGCUACUCAUAGAACUGCAUCCAGAAAGCUCAUCAAGCGACCUCCAGAUGGAAGUAAACCUAACCUCUCAAAAAAUGAUGUUAAAAAACGGAAUUUCAGGAACAAAGAAGCACAUCUGUUUCAAAAUCAUGGUGUAUCCCAUCAGUCAAUUCAGGACUCAAGCACCAUGAAAUCUAGUGGCAGAAGUGACUCACACUUGCUUGAGCGGCCAUUAUCUGCACCUUAUUCCUGUAACACGCAACGACCAAAACUGGAAAGGUCUUCUACUCCAGAAGUGCCACACAGAAAUGGAGCUUUUUGUAGACCACACACUACCAGAGCAAUCUCUUCAAGGUCUGACAGAGAUCUGAAUCCCCCAGGAAACAACCAAAGUCAAAGUCAGAAUGAUGCAAGAAGGAAAUCAGUUACAGAUCUCACUAGCAAUGAAAUGAGCAGUGCCCAUUGUCUUCGAAAAAACAUUCAGCGCCUCCACCAAGAGAUCUCCACUAGGAUGGACCAAGAAGAAUACAUUUUGCAGGAUUUGAUGAGCAAGGCUAAGCAACAAUAACAAAAAUCCUGGCUCAUCAUCGGUAAAGAUGAUUAAAAGGGAUGCCAAACAAAUCCGCCGCCGACUGAGUUUUGAUGGUGGUAUCAUUGGAUCUGAUACUGAAGAAUGUCAGGAAAAGAAAGAAGUUAAAGAUGAAAUCUCUGAUUUUAUCACUAACAAACUUCAGUCUGAAGCAGGAAAACCACAACCCAUUUCCUGCUGCUGGAACCUCUUGCACAGACAUGGAGAUGCUGACAAGGAGCUUGAUGACUAGACCAGUGACUGCCUUAAAAGAUGGUGAUGAAUCCACCAUACUUGCAGACAGACUUGCCAAUUCUGCCAAAGUGGCUAAGAUGGCAUCUGUAAUGAGGCACGGCUUUUUUCAGCUCUGACACAGUGAAGGACAUCAGACAGGACUCACGUCAUCUUCAUCAAACCAACAGAGCUGGAAACACGUUUCCUCAGGAUGAAUACUCCAAAAACUGUCUUAAAGACAAUUUGAGACAAGAUGAGUUGAAAGGCCUUCUGAAGAAACAUUUAGCUACCAACAGUUCUGGCAGGAUACAACAUGUUAAUUCAAUUGCAGUCUCUGAAGAUUUUGGCUUCCAGACUGAGCAGCUGCCAGUAUCAGACACAAGGCCUUUGUCAUCACCCAGGUUUGAUAGCAAGAAGAUUAUUCUAUCGCAGCUGGGGGACAUCAAGAUGGUGAACUUAUUGCAGAGAUUGUACUCUGCAGAUGCUAAGACUCGCCGUAUCAUUAUUUUACAGGCCCAAUACUUCAAGCACUGGCAGAACACAGCCCACAUUCGCAAAAGACAACGAGAAAUCUACGAAGAAUCCUUAUGCAGGGCCCAGUUUUACAUUGUCCACAAACUUCAGCAUCGGUACUUCAGGCAGUGGCACACUGCAGCAGAGGAACAUCGCAAAACCAAGUCAGCAGAUACAAUCCAUCGUCGCCACAUGCUGCAGAAGGGGUUGCAGGCUUUCCAGUGGGCCAUCUUGCAAUCCAAGCAUCAGAGCAACACACUGAAGCAGCGAGUUCAAGCUAUCACUGUCAGGGCUGCUUUUACCAAGUGGCAAACCCUGGCCACAAGCAGGAGAGACUAUCGUUUAAGAACGGCAUUUGUGAGGUGGCAGGAGUACACAAAAGAAGAAAAAAUCAUCAGCCGUAUGCAAAGAAACUUGAAUGGAAAACUGCUUUACCAAGCAAUGGUCACAUGGAAGUGUGUAUACUACAGAAAAGUAAAAGAAAACAUUGCAGAACAUCAUAUCAGACUUACCAGAUUAAAACAUGCAUGGCAUGCAUGGCGUACAUUUGCUCAAGUCUCCAAGGAUAAAACACGCAGCCUUCAGCUAGCCAUGAGUCUCCAAAGACACAAUACACAGAGAACAUCCCUACAUAUAAUGAUCAGGGCUUGGCACCAAUCCAAGAAGGCCAGGCAUCAUUUCCGGACAAAGUGGCUUGCUUUCAUUCUUCACCAAUGGCAUCAAGGAACACAAAUCAGCCAAGCAGAACACCAGCAAGACAUGGUUGUCAGUCUAGAACACUGGCACAAGAGUAUCACAAAGCAUUUUUUCUAUAACUGGCUGCAGAAGCUCUUCUUACAAAAAGCUUUGCGAUUUGCUCAUAAAUGUUUGUAUCGGAGUGCAUUUCAUCACUGGCGCACUGAAUGGCAGAACAACAUGCAACGCCUGCAAGAAGUUACUGCUGCUGUUAUUUCAAAUCGUCUACACAGAUGUCUGCUCACGUGGAGAAGAAAUGUAGUGGACCAGCGGCGAAGGCAGAAACAGGCAGUGGUGCUUGUGGAACGUUGCCUCUUGCGCAGUGCUCUGUCAUCAUGGUGGCAAUACACUGUCUUCAAGAUGAGUUUUAGGAUCACCCUGCAGCAGCAUUUGAAGAAAAUCCAGAGGGUGACCAUAAACUGCUGUUUCGCAGUCUGGAAAAAGUCUUUAUUUCAAAGACUUGAUGAAAAACAUAAACAUGAGCUGUGGACACUUUCCUGUGUCAGAAAAAUGGCAGGUCACUGGCGGCAUGUUUGCCACCUUCGUCAUUUGCAGUCCAUCUUGCACAACACAGAACCAGACAGACAACUUGGCCUCUUGAGAUAUGUAUUUAUAAAGUGGACAGCUGCGAAAAGAAAAGCUGACAAAGAAACUGCAGAGGUUGUGGCCUCUCAGCAUGUUCUUCAACACUGUGCAAUGCAGAGGUGUUUCCAGGAGUGGCGGUUGGCUGCUCAACGUGUCCUUGUGAUUAAACCCAUAAUCCUGAAAAAGGAGAGAUUACUUUUAAUCUGGUACUUUGAUGCAUGGCAUGGAUAUAUUCAGAGGAAAUGUCAGAGGCAGCACAGCAAAAAGGAGUUUGAGCAAAAUCAGCUGGCCAGGGUUUUUGCCUUAUGGAGGCGCCAGCAGGAAUGUCAGCAGCUUGCCAGGUGGUCACAGCAGCAAUUUACACAGCGACUGGUCUUGUGUCUGCUGUGUGAAUGGCAUGCUAUCAUACAUAGAAAACAUCUGGCAUACCACUUUCACAACAACAGCCUUCUUGUUUCCUUUUUUACACUCUGGACCUCCCGUUCCAAGAAACAACAACAUAAGAGGGCAAUACAUCUUGCAGAACAGUCAUUGAACCAGAGACUAAAGAGACAUUACUUUGAGUUUUGGUUAUCUGAGAUGUACAAGCAGAUGGCUGUCACAGACACAGCAGUAGUGCACCUUAAACAACAACAGGCUCAGAACUGCUUAAGGAAGGCCUUUUUCAGGUGGCGUCGUUUUCUUCAUGUUCAUCUCAUGUCUCGGGCAUAUCAGCAUUCAGCAGAACAGCGUAAGCUACGUACCCUCUUGCUAGAGUGGCAUACUGUUACUUCAUGUUCCUUGUCUGAGGCUGUGCAGCAUUUCGCUUUGGAACUUGGGCUGCAGCCUCAAGAGAAGCCAGCUGUGGGAUCUGGUGAACUCAAUUCAUUUGAUGAUGGCAAAGACACUGAAGGUCAUGUUGGUUGUUUGGGCAAGCUCCAGAUUUAUAGACAGGCCAGUCAUUCAGAGCUUUCUGCUGAAGCUUCAGUGAAAAGUGCUGAUGGACUUGAGAAUACAGAGGAAUGCUACUCCAAAAAACAGAAAAUGCAGGAAAUAGCUGUGGUUUUUGUGACACGAUUAGCACACUGGCCAGCCAGCUUAGCAUUCUCACUUUGGUGGGACUAUACCCAAAACCAGCAUCAUCUUCGCUUGCUGGCACAACAGGCCUAUGCUGUUCACUGCUCAGCAAUGAUGUCCCACACACUUAAACUGUGGCAACUGCAACUGAUGGGUAUUCAAAGGGCCACAGCCUUCAGGAAUAAACAGCUGCUCCAGAAGGCCAUGAAAGGACUAAUUAAGUACAGUCAGCUGCAGAAAGACAAAGCAUUGCUAGUGGUCAAAAGCCGAGGCCACUUAGUUAAGCAUGUUCUGAGCAAGGUGUUUCCAUUCUGGGUGACAAAGGCACAAGAACAGCAGUAUCAACGAAACAUCAUUCACCUGUGGACAUCAGUGACCCAGAAGAAGCACAGUUAUUGCCACUGGAAAUGAUGUUGAACCGGCAGCUACGACAGCGUUGUCUGAAGUUGUAUUUCAAAGACUGGAAGUUCAGUUUUCUGUUUCUUUUUAAGCUGAAGAAUGCAUAUCACAAAUAUCUACUUAGCAGAGUGGUUUCUGCAUGGCAUGAAUGGGCAAGAAUACGCCAAGGGGAAGAGCACAGAAAACACGAUUUUCUACACACCCGAAUUUUGUCCCUUGUAUUUAGGACCUGGUGUCGACGAUUGCACCAGAAACAAGAGACUGAGCGACGGUACCAAACUGCCAGACAGACUCGUCUCCAUUGUAUCUUCCAGGAAUGGCAGGCCUGGGCGCAUGAAAGCAGGAAGCACAAGGCUGCUCAGCAGUUCCUGGAAAAAAGACUUGACAAGGAACGCCUAAUCUCCAAUUUCAGCAUGUGGUGGCAGCUUACAAAUCGACUUCACCUGGCUUACAAAGUACAGAGAAUUCGGCUUAUUCGCAGGGUUUUGGGCUGUUGGCAGAAAGUUGUUCUUAAGAAACGACAGCAACGUCAGGUCAUCUUUACCUUCCAGGUUCAAUGCAUCACACACCUAGUCAAACGUCUGUUUAGACAAUGGCAAGACAGAUUCCACCACCGAAUAAAAGCUUGCAAGCAGCGACAGGAACUGGCCCAGCAGUGUGCCCUUUGGUGUGGUCGGUAAGUGGCAUCAAAAAGCACAAAACACUCGUGGGUGCAAACUCGUAGAAGUGUUUAAAUACAAGAGGCUGAUGACAUACUUUUCACGCUGGCAAUCAGCUUUGAAUCAUGUGCAAGAGUUAGAGCAGCGAGAGGAGAAAUAUGUAAAGGAAAAGAACAAAAUUCUCAUGGAGCACUUCAUGGGAGAGUGGCAGCAAAACCUCAAGUCAGCCAUCAUGUCUCGUUCCUUCUUUUGCAAACUGCAGGUCACCAUACUCGAGGCUUGGCAUGUUCACUCAAAAGCUUCCAGGGACAGGUGCAUUCGUGGUGUGGCCCUAGAGCGUGCACUUCAAGAGCAAAACCUUCGGAGUUAUUUUCUAUACUGGCGAAGCCUGACACAGCGAGCUCACUCUUUGCAGAACAGCGUGGAGCUGAAACUUCAACUGAAGGUUUUCCAAGCCUGGCGAUUCAUAACACGCAAAAGAACCAGCCAGAGGCUGUUGGUAGCAAAGUUUGGUCGACAACAUCAAUACCGCCUCAUGAAUGCUGCAUUCGUGAUGAUGCGAUGUCGCUUUGACUAUUGCCAAGGCCUACAGGACACAGGUGAUGGCAUAUGUGAAGCCAGAAAUGUAGUUCUCAUCAGACAGGCUCUCAGACGAUGGAAGGAUCGACUUGAUGAGCUCCUGGCCAGUCGUUUCUACGUGCAGUUAUUGGCAAUGAGGUCUGCACGGAGGUGGCACCAGUUUGUGUUGAAGGUCAAGGCUGAACGUCAGCAUGAAAGAGAGCAGCAACAUAGAGCUGUUAGUCCAUCACAGCAAACACAUCUGUCGUCUAGUGUUCAAGGCAUUGAGAAGAGAGGUUAAAGUUAGUCGGAACCUGCAGCUUCACCGCCAAAGAUGUGCCAACAGGUGCGUGUGGAAAUGGAAGCAUGCUACAAACUUGUCUGUCACCGCUCGUAUCAUGGAGAAAGAGACUCUGAUUACUUCUCACUGGCGAACUUGGCGGCUUGCAUGGACAAGACAUCAGGCUGCAGCUAGGAAUGAAGCUGCAGAGAAGAAACAGAUUUUGUCUCAGGUGUUCACAGCAUGGCGAAGUCUGUGUCCUUCUCAUAGCCAUUGUGUGAUGCAAGCAUCAGGAAGGGGCAAGGCUGGGAGGCCAGCUUCACCAGGGAAAGAACACGUCAGCACACACAUGCCUCGCUCACUUUUACCUGUUCCUGUGGGAAGUGUGCGGCAAUCAACAUUGGAGUCAUUUUCAUGUUGAACCUUUCAGAUGAAUACAAGCAAGAAAAAGAAGCCUUGAGAGGGUGAUGAACUUUUUUUUUGUUAAACUGAAAUAAAAAAAUUGCAUAGCUUUCUGUUCUAUGAGAGGUGGAUGUGUGCUGAUCUAUUUUGUCAGCUUACAACAAACUGUUCUAUUAAGAAACAUGUGAAGAAUGCAGGUUUUUUUCCCCCCUCAGCUUUUUUGAAGUGCUGGGAAUGAACAAUGCCAAAUUUCUGUCUUUCAGAUAGGUAACAUUUGUAUAUUAUACAAGCAUAUGUGCCGAAUCUUUGAUCCUAUUUUUUGUCGUUAUCCCUAUUUCUCCUUUAUUAAUUUAUAAGUUUUAAAAAUGUUAUUAAUCUAUUUAUUGCCUUCCUUUGACUUCCAACAGAAUUUUUGGGAUAAAAAUGAAAGCUUUGGAAUGACUUUGCUUUUGCAUUUAUGCAACAUUCCAGAUAACUUUAUUUUGUCACCAGUCAUAUAUAUAUAUCUGUUAUUAUGGAUAUCACCCAUAGGUGCUCAAUAAACCCACUUGUUGAUAUCACUAAAACUUUUAAGAUUCUUAUCAAAUACCAAGCGUUUUUAAGCUUCCAGCAUCUUUGAUACCAGUGCAUGUGCACUGCACUUGUGUGUCAUUUGAGUAUUUUUGGUAAAUGUUUGGCCUUAUUGCAGAACAGUACUGAUUUGAGCUACUUUUAAGCUUUUAUACUUUGUAUAGUUGAGGAGAUAUAUAGUGCAUUGAUCCUAUUAAAUAGUUCAAGGCGCUUAGUAGAGUAUUUUGGAUUCUUAGCAUUCAACUGGGAAGGCUAAAUGCACAAAAAGAUGCUCAGUGAGGAAGUGUGAAUAGUGAGUUACACUGCAUGGUAGGAGUAGAUGAAAGCAAUGUCAUCUGCUGGUGAAGGAAGAGAAAUGGGCGUGAUCUGGUAGUCUGCUAGGGUGAGAUGCUUGCACUUCAGGUCAUCACCAUCAUGUGACCAUGUUUCAGUGAAAAUAAAAUUCUCAUGUCAGGAAGUAGAUACGCCUUUGAGAGAAUUCACAGACUGCAAGAAAACAGCAUCAAAAUCUCCUGGCAUGUUUUAGAAUGCCACACUGGAAUGGAAAGAGGUGAUACUAGAUGUCAGUGUGAGUUAUAAUCAGUCACCAUGUACAUUAACGAUGAGGAUCUACACAUCAUUGCUCUCCUUACAUCUUUAGAUGUUAAACAAGUUCUCUUUGUAAUUAUUAACCUUAGUUUUCACCAAAAACGGUUUAUAAAUCUACCUUUAUUGUAUAUUUUAAAAACUGCAUAGUGUAAUACCACCUUUUCUUUCCCAGGCAUUGUUAACUAUACUUAGUACUCAAGCAGACUGUGAUAAAUUAUUUAAUUAUAUCCUGACUUAUUGAUGAUCUUCAGAGCACCAUAUUAUGAAUUGUGCCAAUGAAAUGUAUUUAUUCUACAUAAAAGCUUCCUUAUCAAAAUAUCUGUGAUGCUCAGCAUUGAUCCCAAGUCAUCUAUUACGUUUGUCUGUAAUACAUGUACAUGUUUUCAGAAACUGUUGCCAUGGACAAUAUAAGACAGUUUUGAAACUGAAAUAUGAACCUAAUUACAAUAUACACUUUAGUUUGAUAAUUUGUUAUUUUUUAAAUCUUUAUAGGAAAAGGAAACUAUACAACUUUUUAUUAAUUAUAACACAAUACAUCUUGACAUCUUCAUGUAUCUUACUGUUAAGGUUAAAAUAUAUUCUUAUAUGUUUUUUACCAUAAUAUUUUUGAGUCUUUGAAGUAGGAGGGCUGCAUGCCUUCUGUAUAAUGAUGUUCAAUAACUAUUUAUUUUUACUAUUUAUAUAAAUAUUUAUUUAUAAAUGUAAUAGCUGUUUCCUUUGCCCCAGGAGGCAAGAAAGCUUGGUAACUGUGUUAAACAGUUCUUUGUGUUUUGAAAAAUAACUGUUAAUUCACAAUUAUUUUGUCAUUUUCUUUGACUAAAAGUACUUUAAGUAUUCUGCAUUUGCAUUUUAUAUUCAUUGUAAUUAACUGAAUAGCAGUUUUACACAAUUGUCUUCUUGCAAGACAACUAAACUACUAUUCAUUUUUUUAUAAUCCUUUCAUAUUCUAUAUGCCAAAUGGCACUUAAUGAGCUGGUAUAGUUUUAUCAUUGGUCAUGUUUGUGUCAUUGCUGUAAUCAGAACAAGUGUUUGGGUGACAGUACAUGUCUGCUCAUUUGACUGCUGCAUGAAAAUUACUGAAAAGGAAAGUGCAUACAGUUCUUGAGAUGUUUGCACAUUUUAACAUAUAUUUAAUUUAGAUUGUUUUAUUACACUUUCAUACAGAAAAGUCUGUGAUGUUAUAUUAAAAUUUCUGGGUUUAGAGUUA